AUGGAAUCCAAAGGCACAGCCGCAAGAAUUAAUGUUUCAAGAAAAUCCUACGAACGUGUCUAUGACAUUUUCGAAUUUGAAGAAAAUCAAGUGGUUGAAAUUAAGCCUGGACAUACCAUUAGCACUUAUUUACUCCAUCAGAAACACCAUGAUGUCGAUACAUUAAUGAAAAAUAAGGCUGCAGAGAACAUGUUUGCGCGAGUGAAUUUGUAUGAUCCACAAUCGUUUAACUUUAAAAAACUAAUUCUUCAAAAAGAGAUUUUGACGAUCUUCAAGAGUAUUGCUAAAGGGCAUUACAUUGACAUGGUUCAUUUCUUUAUCAGUGUCUUGGACUACAAGGAAGUUAUGGAUGACAGUAACAGAUAUGAAAUUGCAAAAGAAUUAGUUCAGACCUAUCUUGAUGAAUCUGCUCCAAGACGACUCAAAUUCAAGUACAUGGCGAAUGCUUUUGGCCCUUUCCAACUUAAAUUCAAAGAUUGUAAUGCCACAAAAUGUCCACCAGACUUGUUCACCAACUUUGAAAAUUUAUGCAUUCGUUCGCUUCAAGAGGUAUUUCCAGACGUUGUCAAAUCACCAAUCUUUGAAAGCUACAUUGAGAAAAAGAAAAAAGAAGAUGCCUAUGGUCUAAAGGCCUUACUCAAAUCAUCUACAAGCAAUGACUCAUCUCUCGAGGAUCAAGAAGAAGAGGAGAAGGCCUUUUUCCUUUGGUGUGAAAAGUGUGGCACUGAAAUUAUCAAUCUCGAGAACCAUCGAUUCAACAACUUUGAAUUUAAACAGAGAAUUUCACAUUUGUUGGAUCUUUCAAAUUGGCGACUAGUUUUUGAGAAUGAAUAUGGUAAAACAUACUUCUCUCCUGAAGGAACUCAUAAUCAUUUAAGCAAUAGCAGACGACACGUGGAAAUUAAAUACGUCUACGAAAUACAGAACUAUCGUGCAGAACAAGUAUUUAAUGCCUGGAUGGAUGAUUCUGCAUUCAGUACACGUUUGGAACAAGUAGAAUCCUCCACUUUUAUUGAUUUCAUUACGGAUGGAAAAUAUGGUCAUGCAGUGUAUCAUGAAAUUUAUUCCAUGAGUUUUCCACAGCAAAAUCGAGAACUCGUUCACGCCUAUUGUUGCAGAUAUGAACAAGAUACAGACAGAUAUGUGUGCAUCACACGAAGUAUUAAUAAUCCAAAGAUACCUGAGACCUCUAAAUUUGUUCGUGCCGAAGUGAAAAGUGCCUUCCUUGUUGAACAACUGACAGACACCACAUGUCGCUACUACUACAGCAUUAUUUUCGAUCCCAAUGGUUGGCUCAAUCCAGAAUACUUCUCUUCGUCGUUCAAAGAAACCUUGGAAAACAAUUUUCAUGCCAAGUUGAUGCGUCAUGUGGAGCGAUUUGAGAAACAAAACAGAGCUCCAAGUGGUGGAUUGGUUCAGUCCCUCAAACAUUAUCAGUCCAACUAA